AUGAAGUUUGACUUGUUUUUGGUGAAAGUAAAGAAGCUAGGAGUAAAGUCUUCUCAAAUGGUUGAUGAUGUAGCCAAGGUGGCCAAUUUGAUGAAGCUGAUGAUCAAUCGCUUGGUGCUGAACGGUGUCCCUUCUCCUGUUGUUUGUGGCCUAGUUGAUGAUGGUACCAUGAUGUCCACCUACAAAAUGCAAAUCAAAAGCAACGUGAAGUAUGAUUUUAUUCAGAUGUCAUACUUUCAUGGUGCUCGACGCCUUCGUGACCUUGCCUAUCUCCCCGGCAUCGUGAGUAGCCUAGGAGCAUCAUCAUGGGCAUGCAAGGAAAAAAUCAGUGUUCAUAUACACAAGACAUUUUCUGGCCCUUUAAGUCUUCAGGUUGUUCCUGUUGAAUGGUUGAGGCCCUCAUAUGAGUAUCCUUCUGCUGUCUCUGUCAGCAAGAAGCAGAAGUGA